UUCCCCUAACUAAGCGUCUAGUCAAACAGUUGCGCCUUUUCUGCGUUUCAGGCCCGUGUUGAAACCUGAAGUUUUGCAAAGAUAUUUUCUCAGAUAUUCAAAUCGAAAAGGCUCCGUUUUUGAAAAAGUUGCUCGUAUAUAACGGUGUGAAAUCAUUCUUAACAAUGGAUGAUCAGAUGGGUAUAAGCUCCACGACACCUUCAUAUGGCUUUCAGCAUGAAGAAGAAGAAGAAUACCGAGCAGACAAACACAAGAACUCGUUGAUGGAUGAAGCAGAUGAUUUAUUGGAAAGAGAGGCAGAUGCUAAAGCUCCAGACGACGAUGAUAUCUUGGAUCUGGCUGGAGGAGCUAAAGAUGCGCUGGAGAGGCACAGGUCCACACUGCCACGUACCGAAGAGCCUCUGCUGGACUUAACAGAACCAGAACCAGAACCAUCAUCCACCUCUAAACCAGAGCCAGAAGCUGUCAAACCAGCACCGAGCAGUGCGUUUGGAGACGCAACAACAAAAACGACGAAAUCAGAAGAAAAAGAUGAGAAAACAAGAGUCACGCCAUCCCAAUCUAACUCUUGUUGCUCAUUGGUGGACCUGCUGUAUUGGCGAGAUCUGCAGAGGACGGGGGUGGUGUUUGGAGCCAGUCUGUUCCUGCUGCUGUCCCUCAGCGUGUGCAGUAUUAUCAGCGUGAUCUCCUACGUGGCCCUUGCCCUGCUGUCUGUCACCAUCUCCUUCAGGAUAUACAAAGGCAUUUUACAGGCUGUUCAGAAGUCAGAGGAUGGCCACCCCUUCAAGCUCUGUUCCAAACCUAUCAACACACAAUCAUCUUCAUUGCUGCGACGACUCUUCCUGGUGGAGGAUCUGGUAGACUCGCUCAAGUUUGCAGUUCUCAUGUGGAUCCUGACCUAUGUUGGUGCCUUGUUCAAUGGUCUGACCCUUCUUAUUUUGGGUCUCAUAGGUGCUUUCAGUUGGCCAGUGAUCUAUGAAAAGCAUCAGGCACAAAUUGACCAUUACUAUGGACUGGUGAACAAGCAAAUCAAAGAUGUUUUGGGAAAGUAAGUCUGUUUACAUUGUGAAAUAUAUGACUGGUGUUUUC